CGUGCACCGGGGCGCCGGAGACUCACCCGGAAGGAGAAGCCGGGAUUCGGGCUAUCUGGUGCGGUGCUGGUGGUGUCGCUGUAGAGAGCUGCUGUUGCUCUCAGGAGCCAGCCCGGAUCAUUUGUUGGCAGUACAUAUUGGCUGAAGUCAGUUUUCAUUUCAAGAUGUUUUCUUCCGAUGGGCUUUUGGUGUAGGAUGUUGGAGAACCAAGAGCCAGAGGAAGUGAUCACGGUGCGUGUUCAGGACCCCCGGGUGCAGAAUGAGGGCUCCUGGAAUUCUUACGUGGACUAUAAGAUAUUCCUUCAUACAAACAGCAAGGCCUUUACCGCCAAGACUUCCUGUGUGCGGCGCCGCUACCGUGAAUUCGUGUGGCUGAGGAAGCAGCUACAGAGGAAUGCGGGUUUGGUGCCGGUACCUGAACUUCCUGGGAAGUCCACUUUCUUCGGCAGCUCUGAUGAGUUCAUUGAGAAGCGACGGCAAGGUCUACAGCAUUUCCUAGAAAAGGUCCUACAGAGCGUGGUCCUUCUGUCAGACAGUCAGUUGCAUCUCUUCCUCCAAAGCCAGCUCUCAGUGCCUGAGAUUGAAGCCUGUGUCCAGGGCCGAGGCUCCCUGACUGUGUCUGAUGCCAUUCUUUGCUAUGCUAUGUCAAACUGUGGCUGGGCCCAGGAGGAGAGGCAAAGCACCUCUCACCUGGCUAAAGGAGACCAGCUUAACAGUUGCUGCUUUCUUCCAAGAUCAGGCAGGAGGAGCUCUCCUUCCCCACCUCCCAGCGAAGAGAAGGACCACUUAGAAACAUGGGCUCCAGUGAUCGACUCUGAGGGCCCAUCCUUAGAAGGGCCCGUGCUGCCACCCAGCUCCUCGCCAUCAUGCUGUGACAUCGCAAGGCCCGAUGAGGGACUCUCUGUGUCCCAGCCUGUGAGAAGGGCUGUGGGAGGGGACCAUACUGUGCCUUUGGAUCCUGGUCAUCUAGACACAGUGUGGGGAAAGUGAGCUGUGGCUGAGCCCUAGGUUCUCUUGGGUGGUGGUGAAGAUGCAGGCCACGGUCCAUUCACUGGGACUGGGCCCAGGGCAGGUGGAGGGGAGGUUGGGCUGCUGAGCAUCUUCCACCCACAUCUACUCAGGUUCGCUGUGCAGAGGUUGGUUGUGGCUGCCUGCUAUAUCUCCUCCAUGGGAAUACACACCACUCUGGUGUUUGUAAGUUCAGCACAGGGUCCAGAAGCUGUUG